ACAUCGUCGAUCCGGGAAAAUGAACAUAGGUACGUUUGCAAGCUUCCGGAUAGUCUAAACCAUCAAUACAGCCACCGUACACCUGUUGAGUGCACCCUAACCACUAGAGAAGGUCGUAGGUAUAUCGUGACAUUGAGAGGCAAUCGUUUUCGGGUGUUUUUUGAUGAAGGAUGGCGAGACUUUGUGCAUGGUGAGGACAUUAUGGUCGACAACUGUUUGUGGUUCGACCGCACGUCCUUUACGGAUUUCAUAGUGACAAUGCACGGGGAGGAUCAAGUGGAGCGGGAUCUUCGCUACCGGUAUACACUAGAAAUAAAGAAACGCCACGUGGAACGUGCGCGUUUGUCGAUUCCUAUUAAUUUUUGGCGAGAUUAUAUUCUUACCGACCCCACGGACACUUUUAGAGCAAUUUUGGAGUUUGAGAGGUGUACAUAUGAAUUACAAAUCGUUCAAGGCCAUGGAAAUAUUUUGAUGCAAAAUUGGGAUGCCGAGGAUUUUGUGGACGCUACGCAAAUGGUUGAAGGCGAUACAUGGCAAUUCACAUUAACCCCGUAUUUUUGUGUGCGUUUCGAGUCAAAAAGAUGUAGAAGAGGGAGAAAGUGGAUAGGUGGAUUAAAACAUGAGGGGAGUUUUCUUUGGGAUGACGACAGUAAUUGGUAUUUUUCUUCAAGGGGAAGUGCUCAAACAUAUUGUAAUACGCAAUCCAAUGCAGAAGGUAGCAGUCACACAACUCGAGGGUCCAACUUCUCAACCACGUCACAUGCGCCAACGAACAAUGACUCACAGUCAGUCUUUAUAAUUGCGACCGCAGAUAUUGUUAGAAAACAUUUCCACUAUAUACGAGAAGGAUUUUCGAACAAAUGGCUUCCAGCAGCUGAGGACUCUUUUUGUUCAAUCCUUCUGCAUUACAUCCAGUCAGAAGGGUUGAACUACGAGUUUGACAUAUAUAUGGCGUUUGAUAGAAUACAUAGAAGUUGUUUGGGUGAAAUUGGCCAUAAUUUGACUUUGGCAGAAUGCUAUACGACAUUCAUGGUAUUAAAAGAAAGGUAUCGAACAUUUAAAUAUUUUUUGGAUUACCCAUUGGGUGUUUUCGACAUACAUGCAAAGACCGUCUGUCUUGACGAGGACGAUCGUGAGGAAGCAUUUGAGCUUCUAUGGGAGACCUUGAAGAUAAUUUUCGAACCACUAGACCUUGACCCAUAUCCUGGUGAAACGAGGGCAAGAGAUGAACGUAACCAUCGCAAACUUGACCAAGUUGUUCGCGACUAUUGGGCCGAAGAAAAACGUAUGGCAGCACAAAGAAGAAGGAGAGGAACAAUUUACAUUGGUGAUUGUACUGGUAUU